GGUGCUCGCCUCGAUCUUCCAGCAGAACAGUUCUUAUCUCCAAAUAUAGAUGGCCAUGAGCGCCUUCGAAUCCCUUCUUAUUCCUUUCUAAUAACCCACCCAUCAAAAGGUCGGGUACUGUUUGAUCUGUCUCUGCGGAAGGACUUUCAGAAUCUCGCCCCAGUCAUGACGAAUCUGUGGGGUGGAGAAUGGAAGUGCCUCAGGACGUGCCCGACAUACUGGUCGCGAAUGGAAUUGAACUACACGAAAUCAAAUCGAUAUUUUGGUCUCAUCAACACUUUGAUCAUAUUGGGGAUCCAUCCAAAUUUCCCAGCAACACGGAGUUGGUUGUCGGGCCGGGAUUCACGGAGGCAUAUACCUACCCCAGGGUAUCCGGAUAAUCCGGAGUCACCGGUGAAAUCGGCUGAUUUGAAGGGGCGUCGUGUAAAUGAACUUGAUUUUGACAAUUCUAAAGAGUCCAUCUCCAUUGGACGCUUCAAAGCUUUUGACUGGUUUGAAGACGGGAGCUUCUAUUUAUUGGAUGUUCCGGGUCAUUCCGCCGGUCUUAUCUGUGGCUUUGCUCGUGUAAAGCCUGACUCUUUCAUCUUAAUGGGUGGGGAUUGUGCCCAUCACCCCGGGGAAUUUCGCCCGUCCAACAUUGCCCCCGUUCCUAAAGAUCUUAUCCCAUUGCAUGUAGCAGUACAUGCGAAACAGGCGUCCGUGUGCCCCGGGAGCAUCACUGAAAAAAUCAAUAAAAAGAGCGAUAUCGAACGGUCACCAAUCUACAAGGCCGCUGCAAUGUUUACUCACGACAUUGACAAAUGCCAGUGGAGUAUACAAGGCAUUCAAGAACUCGAUGCCUGUCAAAAUGUGCUUGAGAUCAUAGCUCAUGACGGUGGGAUUUUGCCUGUACUCCAACAGGCAAAUGGGAAAGAAUCGUCCUUCCUUUUUCCAAAGGGGGAAUUGACCGAAUGGCAACAUAACGAAUUUAAGGAGGCUGUUAAGUGGGUUUUCUUGUCCGAUCUAGCAAUCCUUUUUUGA